GGUUAGAGUCUACGUGGUGAGGUUUGGAACCGUCAAUCCGGUUGUGCACUUAUCAACGUGGUUGAGACCCGUAGUGGGAAGAGCACUAGCCCCUACACCUAGGAGCAACAAGAGAAGAUGGCCGCCUUAAUGAGAGAGAACAAGGAGAGGAAAGAGCUCCUGAAACAGGCGAAGUUAAAAGCAAUCGCAGAGGAGCAGGCGGCGAAGAUGAAGAAGUUGGAAGAAGAGAUGGAGGAGAAGAAAAAGGGUGCCGAGGUACUAGCAGCAGCAGAAGCAGAAGAGGAGAGAAAAUGCAGGGAAGUAAAAGGGGAGAGUAGUGGCACGGCAAAUGAGGAUGCAGCAAUGGAGAAGAAAAUCAGUGAGUGGAUUGUUAAUUUAUCGUUGGGGGAAGAUGAGGAGGCACAGUUCUAUGUGCCACAGGAUGAGAGGGAUGCGUUAGCCAGUACGCUAGCAACAAUCGAGGACCCUCUGGAACGGCAAGAAGCAGAGGAGGAGAAGAAGUUGGAGUGGAAACUGAGGAUGAAGAGAGAGAAGAAGAGUAGGAGGGACGAAGUUAAUAGGUUGACCGCGGAGGUGGCAAAGGUCUUGGAGAAGCUAAGAGAGGCUAACUUCAAGAUCAACCCAAAGAAGUGCGAGUGGGCCAAGACACAAGUUUUGUACUUGGGCCACGUGUUGGACGGAGAUGGCAUUAAGCCAGAGGACAGCAAGAUAGCGGCAAUUAGAGACUGGCCGACGCCCCGCACGUUGACUGAAUUGCGGUCGUUCCUAGGCCUAGCUAACUACUAUAGGAAGUUCGUGAGGAACUUCUCUACUAUCGUCGCUCCUUUGCGCAGGUUGCUUAAGAAAGAGGCAAUCUGGCAAUGGGAUAAAGACUGUACGUCUGCGCUAAAGAAACUGAAGCUCGCGUUAAUAGAGUAUCCUGUCCUCAAAGUCGCAGAUCCGUCCUUGCCAUUUGUCGUCACCACGGACGCAAGUCAGUAUGGUAUAGGCGCCGUGUUGCAGCAAGACGACGGCAAUGGCUAUAGACCCGUAGAGUUCAUGUCAGCAAGGAUGCCCUCAGAGAAGGUAGCCACCUCGACGUACGAGAGAGAACUCUACGCUCUCAGGCAGGCCUUAGAGCACUGGAAGCAUUACCUACUUGGGAGGCACUUCAAAGUAUACUCAGACCACGAAACGCUUAGAUGGUUAAAGACCCAGACCAAAAUGACACCUAAGUUGACUAGGUGGGCCGCGAAGAUAGACCAAUAUGACUUCGAGCUCAAGCCAGUAAAGGGCAAGUACAACGUAGUUGCGGAUGCUCUGAGUAGGAGAUCAGACUACUUUGGAGCUAUAGUGCACUAUCUAGAUAUAGGGAAGGAUCUGCAAGAGAAAAUUAGACAGGCGUAUCCGCAGGACCCUAUCUAUAGCGACCUCCUCAAGAGAGUUGAGGAGGCCCCUGAGACCGAACCACACUACCGCACUACAGAAGGAUUAUUGUUUGAGAAGACUAAUGUAGUAGAUCGGCUGUGCAUUCCCAACAGUGAGGAGAUCCGUAGUCUGAUCCUAGGGGAAUGCCACGACAGAGAGGGACACUUUGGUUGGCAAAGAACUUUAGCCAAUCUGAUGCGUGCAUAUACCUGGCUAGGAAUGAAAGCUGACUACAUAGAGUACCUCGAAGACGAAGCUGGAGCCAUGGCACUGCAGACCUGGUUGACCCACCUGGCAACCUCCCACGGCGUCGACGUACCGGACCUCAAGGACAAGAUCACAUGGGAAGAAUUGACACGGCUGUGGAAGAAGCGGUUCAUCGUCGACGACGCGCCGGCACUCGCCAUCAACCGUUUGUUCACCAUGUCACAGGGCAACACUGCAACACGGGAUUGGCUCACAGAGUGGCAGAAGAUUGCGGCAGUGCCCAAUCUGGACCUGCCUUUCACUCAUCUUAGGCGUGAGUUCUACAACAGGUCUUGUGCUGCAUUGAGCCAGGCUCUUGGUGAUCGCGAGCAGUACGCCACCUUCGCCGAGAUUAUCAACAAGGCGCGAGAGAUCAUCAAGACCAACAGGUCAGCUGCACACGAGAAAUCAGCUUGGCAGCCGACCUAUGUGGAGAAGGCACGAAAUGGUCCGCAACAGCAGCACUUCGCUGCAGUCCAGUCGGACAGUGGAGAUAACCCAGCAGCCACUCCAGCAUCAAGUGACGGAGAUCAGGUGGCUGCUGUCCAGCCACGAAGCAACAACAAGUCCUGCAACAAUGGGAAGGCGAAAUCCGCAUCGCAGGCAGGAAAUGGACAGCCGGUACAAGUUCCAUGGGUCAAGUUCGGCUUGACCGAGGCGGAGUACAAAGUCCGCGGCCACUACGGCAGCUGCUAUUGGUGCAACAGCACCAAGCACAAGACCUCCCUGUGCCAGGAUCAGGGCAAGGAGGAUGUGCGCCCCCACCUCGACUCGGGAAACUGAGCUUCGCGGAUGGUGAGGCGACUCCACCUUCCACUCCGCCAGAUUCGGCCGC